UCACCACUUUUAAAAAAUAUUCAGUCUUCGGACUUUCAACAUAUUACACCCAUACCACUGACACCGGCUGUUUCUAAAUUCAUUUAUAGAUUUUCCGCUUAUGUAAAUUAACAAGUUUUAAAAAAAUUGUGGUGAGUUCAGUGUUUCCUGUAUGUGACGAACCCUCCCAAGCAGGAGAAAGGUGUCAAUAAUGUGGCGAACACUAAGAAAUGCCCAGAAAAUGGCACUGAUCAACCAAGGUUAUAGGGUUCUGGGUGAAUAUAAAUUACUUGAACAAGCGGAACUUAAAAAUAUCUAUGCCCUACCAAGCUAUGCCAGUGGACUGCAUUGGUUUGGAGUUAUCUUUAUACAUAGCGGCAUCUAUGCUGGAAGUAUGUUUCGCUUUUCCAUUUUACUUCCCGAUCAUUUUCCCGAGGACGUUAGCUUGCCAACGGUUAUCUUUCAAACGGAGGUUUUCCAUCCUCACAUUUGUCCGGUAACCAAAUCAUUGGAUCUAACGCCCUGUUUUAGGGAAUGGAAAAAGGAUCAGCAUCACAUUUGGCAUAUUUUAAAGUAUAUUCAGACCAUUUUCUCCGACCCUGAGGGUAGCGUUUCUGUGACAGAAACACCUAGUGGCGAUACGGUCACACUGAACGAAGUCCAUAAUAGGGAAGCAUUGAAUUUACUAUCGAAAAACCGUAUGGAGUACAUCAAGCGUGUGGAAGAGAGCAUAGUGUUUAGCAGAAAGCAUAUGUACGACAAGCCACCAACCGAUGAUGCUCAUUAUAUUGUCUUUGAGCCAUACUCUGCCGAUCGUCACGGGAAGGCUAUGGAGCAGCUUAAGCCAUCCAAUUGGCACAAUACGGUGGACACAAUGGCCACUUCAUUACCAGCUAAAUGUGUGGCUCGCAUUGAUUCGGCCAGACAGUUGCAUGAGGAGGAAGCCAAACAAGAAGUCCCGGUAAACCGGAAAAAUCUUAAAGAAAAGAAACUCACAGUCACCGCCAAUAGUCGACGUUUACAGAACUACUAGAAAGUAAUUUAAUUAAGAUGAUUUCUUAAUUCGAAUCGACAAGUUAAUUUUAAAUAUUUUUGAUGUUAACUUUGCGAUAUUCGAAUUGAAGAGUUUCAUCUAAAUUGGAUUGCAAUAUAUUUCGCCCAACGUAUUGUGCAAGGAAUUGGUACGACAAUUUGGUAGUAACUUCGGAUUAAACCUGCUCUUUCUUCAGUGCUUGAUGAAUUUCAAUUCCUGACAUUCUGUAAUAUUAUAAAUGGAAAGUUUAAAGAACAGAUCAUUAUAGUAAACAUUUCAAAACAAUAAAAUAAGACAAAUUAA